GAAGAAAAUCACACAGCGCUCCCGAAGUAAUUGCGUUGCAAUUAAACCUCGCAUAGCAAUUAUUCUCAAUGUUGAUACUUCAUAGUGUAACUGGUACAGCAUUCUGUAAUCAUUGCCGGGUAUCCAGCGCUCAGCGAGCGGACGGUUUAAACAAACUCGCUCUGCACCCAGACGGUGAAGUAUUCAAUUGAUAGAAAUACAAACAAAACAUUUAUAUUGUACUCUGAAAAGGUUAAAGGCGCGAUCGAUUACAAUUGGUCCGAUUUGUUGUGACUGAGGGCGCAUGUGCCGGGUGGGUUCGAUUUCACGCUUCCAUUCAGAAAAUAUUAAAGGUCUCUGGCUAUCGGUACACAGCACAAGGAAAUACCCCUCAGAACCAUUUUGAUACCUGACGGGCCAUGUAAAACUACGCGUGUGUAUUUGGUGUGAACGGCAUCAACCUUUAACUGAAAGACAGUGAAAGCCAAAAUGCCAAGUAAUACAAAACAGACGGAAAAACAAGAACAAAUUGGAAAGGGGGAUUCCAAUGGCCUUUUUCCUCCAAUUGCAUCUCCAAGGAAACAUGUGCUGAGAUCGAACAGUAGCAGCAAUGAUUCUGACACACCGCUAGAGGCAAUGGACAUGCCUCCUCCGUUGUCUUCACGUGACACGAGUCCGUCCAAGUCGCCGUGUAAGUUACCAAGUCUAUCGUCACAACCUAAUUCAAAUCCACAAACAAAGGAGAGAAAACAUCGGCGAAAAAAGUUGUGUCGGUCGCCUAGUUGCCCGACGCGGCCCGCGACGAAUGACUUUGAAUCCCCUCUUCCGAUUGAGAAAACGCUGAUUAACUUUAAGGACCCAAAUUCUUACGUGCAAGAAUACGACGUGAAGUUGCCCAACAUAUUUAAAAAUUCGACUCCCAAUGGAACCGACAUGUCGCCUGAAACUUCAAGUCUUGGAUGGGCGGUGAAGGACAGGUCAAGGACGAAGGCCAAUUUGCGGCGAACGGAAUCGUCUCGUGAAAACUACGUUGGAAGUCCUACAAUGGAAUCAAAAUACAACAAAAAUCAACAGAGGGCGCACACACAUGCGGCUCUUCUACUGCCUUUGCGAACACAGGAUUCGAGGAAAUCCAAUCAAGGCAAAAAGAAGAAAUCAUUUGCCCGUCAAAGUACGUAUUCCGAAGGGCAGACUCUGUCCCUGACACUUGACAAUGAACAUGGUGCUAGUAAUGGGUGGGGAACGGACUAUGACUCGGAUUAUUACGACAGUAGCGGGCAACACAGUGGCUCUUCGUUCGAUCGAAUUAUCGAGGAAUCCGACUCUCAUAUGAGUAUUCCGAGUGCUGGGGGCUCGCAUAUAAGUGUUCCAAGUGCUAGCAAGCAAUGGCUGAAAAACAAAGAAGGUCAAGUGAAAGCAUGACCUCUUAUAACAUUCGGAUCAAAACAGUAUCAAAAAGUCAUUUUCAUCAAUAUUUUAAAAAACGCAUUUGUUACAAAUCGGGACGUGUGCAAAUUCAAUUUGGACGUCUGUGAUAUAUAGGACAUUUUUCAUACACAAUUCCUGCAAUAUAAAAUAUUGCUCAAUUGAUUAAUUUCCUCUUUUUUGCUGUCUUUCUUACUGGCACGUUGGAGCAGUAUUAUUAUUUUUUUUGUUUGUUUAUAUUUAUUAAUUAUUGAAUUCACACCUGUCACGUCACGAAUUUAUCGGUCGCUAAAUAUGGAAGUGCUGGAUUUUCAAACCCUAAGGUGUUUGCUUAGGUGUAAUGACGCGAUGUUCGACCGAUAAAUUUUCCCUCUUAUCUUUAUACAACUUUCAAUAUUCUUUUUAUCUUUUUUCAUAUAUUAUAUAAAGUUUGAUCAAAUGUCA